AUGCCGGAUAACACUGAAGUUGAAGCAACAGCAGCUGGAAUUGGAGCUCAGUAUGACUCCAACCAUGCUUAUUUUUUGCAUUCAUCUGAUGCACUAGCCUUGUCAGCCAAAAACAAAUUGGGUUUUAUCAAUGGCACUUGCUUAGCACCAGCAGUCACCUCUAAGGAUUUUCAACAGUGGAAUCGAUGCAAUGACAUGGAGACAUCUUGGUUAUUGAACUCUCUCGGAAAAGAGAUAGUUGAAGUUGUUAUCUAUUACAAAACAGCUUUAGAUCUAUGGACUGAUCUUGAAGAGAGAUUUGGACAGUCAAAUAAUGCUAAGUUAUUCCAUCUGCAAAAGGAACUAAAUGAUUUAGUUUGUGCAUGUGUGUAUGGAGGAAAGAAGAAGUUAGUCAAAUCUUUGGAGGAUGAGAGGCUCAUUCAAUUUCUUAUGGGGUUGAAUGAGACCUAUGCUCAGGCUAGGAGUAACAUCUUGAUGAUUAAGCCACUUCCUACUGUUAAUCAUGCUUACUCACUAUUAUUGCAAGAUGAGAAUCAGAGGGAAACCCCUGUUUACAAUCAAUUUUCCUCAGGAGGUUCAUCUUUUAUGGCAGGAAGCCAAGGAUACUCUAUGACAAAUGGAAGCCAAAUGCAAUCAGCACAGAAGUUUACAGGAAAUUCAGAAAACUACACAGAGUGCAGGGAACCCUAA